AUGCUGGAGCACAAUGGGCUCCAUCAGCGGGACCAUCCUGGACAGGCUGAGGCCCAUUGGGUGCACAACAGCAGCGUGGGACCCCUGAGGGGUGUCCGAGGAGGUGCUGAGCUCCCAUCAGGAGCUGGUCUCAGAAGACGAGCUGCUGCCACCAUCGGCAUGAGCAAGCUCAUCUCCCGCGGCCCCGGCCCCGGCCCCUGGAUCAGCCACGUUCGCAGGAGGAGCUCCUUGCUCAGCUCAAGGCUGGAGGAGAAGCCCUUCAGCGAGAUGGAAAUGUCUUACAUCAAACAAGGGGAAGAAGCGCUCCAGAAAUCCCUGAGCAUCCUCGGGGACCAGGACGGCUGGAAGAUGGAGACGGAGGUGGAGAACGGAGACAAAGUGCUGAGCAAGGUGCUCCCGGACGUGGGGAAGGUGUUCCGGCUGGAGGUGGUGGUGGAUCAGCCCCUGGAUGCGGUGUACAGUGAGCUGGUGGACAACAUGGAGCAGAUGGGAGACUGGAACCCCAGCGUCAAAGAAGUCAAGAUCCUGCAGAAGAUUGGCAAGGACACAGUCAUCACCCAUGAGAAGGCGGCUGCUCCCCCCGGGAAUAUCGUUGGCCCCCGGGACUUUGUGAGCGUGCGGUGCUCCAAGAGACGCGGCUCCACUUGUGUCCUGGCUGGAAUGGCCACGCAGUACGGAGCCGUGCCGGAGCAGGAGGGCUUCGUAAGAGCAGAGAACGGCCCCACGUGCAUGCUGCUGCGCCCGCUGCCCGGCCGGCCCUCGCAAACCAAGCUCACGUGGCUCCUCAGCAUCGACCUCAAGGGUUGGCUGCCCAAGACCAUCAUCAACCAGGUCCUGGCCCAGACCCAGGUCGACUUUGCCAAGCACCUCCGUCAGCGCCUGGCACGGACAGCGGCAGCAUAG